CAUGUACUGGCGGCACAUAUGGGGUAGACUGUAGCGGACAGUGCGCCUGUCACAACAGUGCAGAAUGUGAUCAUGUGACAGGGGAGUGUAUCUGCGCACCAGGAUGGAGAGGCGCAGGUUGCGAUGAAAAGUGUGGAAAUGGCACAUAUGGUCCUGGAUGCGGGAAACUCUGCAUGUGCCGCAACGGCGCAGACUGCGACCACAUCAGCGGUGCAUGCAUGUGCAAAUCAGGAUGGCGGGACACAUUUUGCGACAAGCCUUGCCCUGAGGGAUUCUUUGGACUGGAGUGCCAGAGCGUAUGCAACUGUGGUAUUGGAAACCAUUGUGACCCAGAAACUGGAGAGUGCACGUGCGCUGCAGGCCUCACAGGACUGCGCUGUACGGAGCCGUGUCGUGAGGGAACGUGGGGCAUUGAUUGCAAAAACCAGUGUGAUUGCGAGAAUGAAGCCACUUGUGAUCCCUUCUCUGGGUUCUGCCUUUGUAAGCCAGGAUGGAAGGGGCCUACUUGUGAAGAAGCUUGUGAACCUUUCUUUUAUGGCACGAACUGUGGUCAGAGAUGCAUGUGCAGCAAUGGUGCCUUGNAGUUGAAGUGGUUUACAUCUUGUGAACCUUUCUUUUAUGGCACGAACUGUGGUCAGAGAUGCAUGUGCAGCAAUGGUGCCUUGUGUGAUCAUGUGACUGGCGCAUGUAACUGCACCAAUGGCUGGACAGGGAUGUCAUGUGACACACUUUGUAUGGAAGGUUUCUAUGGCCCAGACUGCAGGCUGGUUUGUGAAUGUAGCAAGAACAGCAAAGAGUGUGACCGCUUCACAGGAAAAUGUAUUUGUAAAAAAGGAUACAUAGGCAAAACAUGUAGUGAUGGCUCAGUGUGA